AUGGCCGAUCAUAUCAUCCCAUCAUGUCCAUUCUGUCCCUUCUCAGACCAAGACGCGACCUUCGUGGAGCAGCACAUCGAAUACUGUCACCCAGAAGGAGGUGCCCCGCCAUCGCACACUUAUGAUUCACCCGCGUUCGAAACCACCAGCACCAGCCCAUCCCCGUCCCCAUUCCAGGUAGACGAAGAUUCUACAGAAAAAUAUGUCGAAUGUCCACAUGGAUGUGGUGAGACUAUCACGACUGCCGAACUGGCAACACAUCUCGAUCUACAUGUUGCAGAAGGCAUUGCGCUGGAUGACUGCGGGGAAGUCCAGAGUAGUCCCUUUAAUACAGAACUGUCCAGCGAACCCGAUCUACCGUCAGACCUAGACGACACCCGGGACCUCCACGUGAGCCAGAAAGGCAGCAAAAGAGGCGCCGAUCGAGACUUCACUCGCUCGAACACUUCGAAACCAGCACAAGGACGAAGUCGCAGCCCCGUCGGAAAAUUGGGCCCGGAUGGUGCUAAACGACUGGGGCGCUCAGAAUUAGGCCCACACGCCCACGAGAAAAAAAUGCCCUCAUGGCUAAAGAAAAUGCUGGAAAAAGGCGGCCGCACCUCCAAGCAAACCCGAAUCACGCCAGACGGCAGACUAGCCCGACACACGAGCGUAGAAAACGAAACCGAAAACCUCAUUCCCGUCAUUGCGAAACUCUGCGAACAGGAUAGUUCCUCCCAGCGCGUCUUUCUCUGCAGUCCCAAGGUUCGCCACGUCUGCAAGAUGCCGCGCGAAGGCGGAUUUUGCGGAUAUCGGAAUAUCCAAAUGCUUGUUUCGUAUAUCACGAAGUCGAAGAGUCUGGGUCAUGAGCAUUUUCCAGACGGCGUGCCUUCGAUUCUGGAAUUGCAGGAUUUGAUUGAGCGGGCGUGGGAUUUGGGGUUUAAUAGUACGGGUCGGACUGAGACCGGGGGUAUUAAGGGGACGAGGAAGUUUAUUGGGACGCCGGAGGCGCAAGCACUGUUUAUGAGUCUUGAUAUCCCGUGCGAUGCAAGCAGUCUGAGUGAAGCGAGCAAUAUGCGUGCACAUAUGGCCUUAUACCAGGAUGUUGCAUCCUACUUUCGAUCAAAUUGCUCACUAGAUGACGAAAAGAAGAAGGUCUCCAUGACCGAUCUACCUCCAAUAUACUUCCAGCACCAAGGCCAUUCAAUGACAAUCAUCGGAUUCGAGAUUCGCGAUAAUAACACCGCCAAUCUGCUCGUCUUUGAUCCUAUGUUCAAAACAUCGCCUGCAAUGAGCCGUCUUAUCGGGACGUCUGCGAAAUCUGAUAACCCCGCCCGUCUGUUGAAGGCGUAUCGGAGGGAGACUCGGUAUCUUCAGAAGUAUAAGAUGUUUGAACUUCUUAAGUUACCCACUCCUCAACCUGCGCCAAAUUAG